CCAAUUGAAAUUCAGCUUAUUAUUCAGUGCAUUGUUUAGAUCAAGAUGGCCUCUGUUCAUUGAUUAGAUUUCAUAAUGCAAGAAGGACUAUGUGACACUUUCCUUAAUGGCUUUCAGUAAUAUCUUCAAAAAGGCUAGCAAUUUAUUAGGUAUUGGAGGAACUGACAGUUUGCGUCCUCCUCCAUUAGAUGGGGAAAUCAUCUAUUGCAAGAACAAUGUUUGUGUUCAUCCCCCGGCAUCACUGCUGCUAGAGACAGAACACCAUCCUGGUUAUUUAACCUUGCGUGCUCAACAAAGUCAGUCAUGUCGACCAACUCUCCUUUUAACAUGGAUACCAAACACCACAUUGAAAAAAAAUCCACAAAGUAUUGAGAGUAGCCCGAUUAAAUCUGGCACCCCUAAAGCUAGUCCACGUCGAAACCCUAAACAAGAAUUUGCUAAAUCAGAUGAGUCUGUGACUUUGACUCCCUCCCCUUCCCCUAGCACACAAGACUCAAGCCAGCGUUGUAAAAAACUAAGCACAGACACUACAAGCAUCUGCUCUGAUACCUCAGUAUAUUCAAGAGACGACUCUCCUAGUUUGGACAGUUCCAAUGUUGGAGAAGAUGUCUCAAAGGAAAGCGGAAGCAGGCACAGCUCUAGCUACAGAUCACAAACUGACUCAGGUAUUGGAACAGAUGAAACCCAUCUCCAGAACAAUGAAAAGUAUUUACAGCAUGGGCUGAAACCCUCGAGGGUGGGCAUUCACGUCAAUGAUCUCAAUGGUGCAGAAAGAAAAAACAUUGGAGCCUGCAGUGAUCCUAACAGAGAUGAGCUUACUUCUGAGGAACAGCUUGUUGCUAUGCUCAACAGAAAUAAGCUUCAUGCCAAGAUUAAAGAUGGAGGAGAUACAACUGUUAAGGCAGUGAGUAUAGAGCUGCAGGGAGACAAACUUGUGGUGGUCACGGAGCAAGAAGAAGAAAGGUGUAAAAAUAUCACAGAGAACAACAUCAACAGAAAUGAAAGCAAGUUUGACACGAGCAGCUCCACAGAUAUUGACACGCAGAGCCUGAGCUCUGACUCCAACAGUCCAUCCAACCUGGGGCUCGGGGCUGCCCACACAGUGCUGGAUGGGAUCAAUAGCUCCGAUGGUCUUCCUGUUCCCCCUACUGGCAUUUCAAGGACAUGCCUAGAACUUGAGCUGGCAGCAAGUAUAGGGCCACCUCCAAAUACUCCAGCUAUUACACCAGACAUCAACAUUACUAAAAGUAGGUCGCGAUCAUCCUCCUCCUCAUCAACCACAUCAGGUCCAGAUUCUUGUCCAGUCACACCUUGCACAUCAGAUGGGGAUUCAGCCCCAAACUCACCUGGUCAAGAAUGGCCUGAGUCUCCAGGGAGUUCUGUUGGCUACCACAACCUGACCUUCCCAGAAAAUGCAAUGACAACAUCUGCUGCCAGUCCUGGCCAAAAGAGAAGUGCCAGAGAUCAGUUGUGUGGGGUCUUCUCUGUAGACUUAGGUCAGAUGCGAUCUCUGCGACUAUUUUACAAUGACAGAGCUUGUACGCAAGGCCAAGUUGUUAUAGCCAGCAGAGAAAGUCAGUACAAGAUUCUACACUUUCAUAAUGGAGGUCUCGACAAACUGGCUGAAAUAUUUGAGGACUGGAGUUUGUUUGCACAUAAUAUAGAUGAGCAGGGUGAAGGUGACAAGCCUUACAGACAGUUCCUUGUGGUGAAGCCCCACUUAUCUGAUGAUCAGUGUCACCCUGAAGAACAUUUGUUUGCUAAAGUAACCAAUGAGGUCUGGCAGGAACACAUGGCAGCUGACGGCAGCAUUGAAGAUGUCUUCCAAUUGCGUAAGGCCAUAUUUUUUGGUGGCCUAGACGCAAGCAUCAGACAUGAAGUAUGGCCAUUUCUUCUACAUUACUUCCCAUUUACAUCAACUUUUGAAGAAAGAGAACAGAUUCGUAAUGACAAGUACAUUGAAUAUCAAAAUAUCAGGAAGCUCAGAGAAUCAAUGGAUCCUGAGACCCAGCAACAGUUCUGGAGGAAUAUCCAGUGCAUUGUUGAGAAAGAUGUAGUGCGCACUGACAGAUCACAUCCCUAUUUCAAGGGUGACAAUAACCCAAACAUAGAGGUGCUCAAAAAUAUACUUGUCAACUAUGCUGUGGCAAAUCCACUGAUGGGAUAUACACAAGGAAUGUCAGAUCUGUUAGCCCCUGUUUUAGCUGCCAUUCAACAGGAAUCUGAAGCUUACUGGUGUUUUUCUGGGCUUAUGACUAGGACCAUUUUUGUUAGCUCCCCAAAGGAUAGCGACAUGGAUAAACAGUUGAACUAUUUGAGGGAACUGUUAAGAGUGACACUACCCAAGUUUCAUUACCACCUGAAACUUCUAGGUCAGGAUGCCUUGGAACUGCUGUUUUGCCACAGGUGGAUCCUUCUGUGCUUCAAGCGUGAGUUCUGUGAGAGUGAUGCCCUGCGCAUAUGGGAGACAUGCUGGGCCCGCUACCAGACUGACUACUUCCAUCUCUUUGUGUGUGUGGCCAUUGUAGCUAUCUACGGAGAUGAUGUGGUCGAACAAAGACUUCCAGCUGAUGAAAUUCUUCUCCAUUUUUCUAGUUUAGCUAUGCACAUGAAUGGCAGGCUUGUUCUUAGAAAGGCAAGAGGAUUACUUCAUGAAUUUAGGAAACGUGUGAAGAUUCCUUGCACACUCCAUGGUCUGUGUUCCCAAGUAAAUGCUGGCAUGUGGGACAGUGGCCAUGUUCCUACUGUAGAGUGCAUUGGGCAUCUUGGCGAAGAAGUUUGUUCGUAUAACAGCACACCAAGUUCUCCUAUCUAUGAUGACCAGUGAAGUUGCUGAUAUAUCAGGAAAUCAAGCUCAGAUCAGGAGUUUACACCCCUGUAUUAUAUAUUACAAUAUUUACAUAUGUGCAAUAAUUGAACUGAAUCAUCAAAUGCAUUUACACCGUUUCUAGACCAAAGUUUUAUUUUUAAAUAAUUUUUUGAGUUGGUCACUUUAUUAAUGAGAUAAAUUCUAUUCAUUAUAGUCACUUCCAAUUUUUUGUUGGUAUUUUUAAAAUUGUUUUACAUCUUUUUUUUCUUUUUUUUAAAUUGAUUCCACUGUGUGGUGAUGAUGUCCUGUGAUACACAUAAUUUGAUGAUAGCAACUGGUACCACAAACACCUUGUUUUAACCAUAAUGGACCAAUCCAUUGCUAGUAUUGAAAUCUUUGUUCCACACUCUGCUCAACUUAUUUGAGUGAACCAAAGAUUAUUUUUGUUUACCUCAGUUUGUGCAAUAUCCUUUUAAUUCCAAUUUUUUUAUUGUGAAUGCUUUUUAAUCAUGUAUUGUGUUGUAUUGGUUGAGGAUCUAUUAUGUUUGUGGUCAAAGGUGUUUUAAUUGAAUAUAGAUAUAAGCAGACGACUUAUUUAUGUACAGAAAUGUCUUCAACAGUCUUGGCAUAAAUCUAGUAGAUGGCCGCUAUGAAUACCACCUAAGUCAUUUAUUCAUGUAAAUAUUUUUAAUGUACAAGCACAAUAGUCAGGUCAGUUAUUAAAAAACUAAAUCACUUGAAAUUGUUUGAGAGAUCAUCCCAGUUGUGUUCUACUUUAGAUGAAUAUCUAGCUUGAACUAUUUCUUCAGUAAACAUGUGCAUUCCGUU